CUAGCCGCCGGCGCGCAGUCAUCGCCUUUUCGCAGUGUCGUCGUCCCUGUUCGUCGUUGCGAGAGUGUUUGGGUGCGAACUUUUUGUUGCUUACACAUCGUUUUGCUGGACCGUUACUUCGGGCACACAUCUUUAUCAAAAUGCUCAUCAAAGUGAAGACUCUGACUGGCAAGGAGAUUGAGAUCGACAUUGAACCUACAGACAAAGUUGAGAGGAUCAAAGAGAGAGUUGAGGAAAAAGAAGGAAUUCCACCCCAGCAACAAAGACUUAUAUUUUCUGGCAAACAGAUGAACGAUGAGAAGACGGCACAAGAUUACAAGGUUCAAGGUGGAUCAGUAUUGCAUUUAGUCCUUGCCUUGAGAGGCGGUCUAUGAAACUCAUUUUUUUUACUAUAAAGCCAAAAUGACCACGUUCAGUGGCAACAACAACUUUGUUUUUUAACUCUAGGCUUUUGUAAAUAUAUUAAGAUGCUUAUGUCUAAGAAUACAAAGUAAUUUAAAUAAAAGUCACUUGAAUAAUAUGUUUUUUAAAAUGA